CUGAGAACAUAAACAGGCGAAUAGGCGAUCUUUUCUCUGUGAACAACUGAACAUAAACAAAUUUGUGUCUCUUUUCUCUCAUUUCUUUCCCCCUUUUAACUCCAUCUGAUCUACUCUCUCUCUCUCCUCUCCUUUUCCCCCUUCUUUCUCUCUCUUUCAUUCCUCUCAUUUCUCUGCUUUUGCGCCAAGAUCGAUCUUCGUGCCAUGUAAAUUUUUCAAUUUCACAUCCAAUUCGCUUCCCAAACUUGUCAAUUUCACUCGAUCGAUCCCUCAUUUUCUAGGGUUUUCAAUUUCAAUUUUGCAAUUGGGUGAAAUCGGUUAAUCUAGGGUUUUUCGGGAGGUUGAAUUUUUGUUGUUUAGGGUUUGUAUGAGUCUUUGGUGUUGCCUUCCAUGCUUCGUCGGCGACGAUAGAGAAGAUAUAAUGGAAAGUGCGAGAGACGGUGAGAUUAAAAUUGAAAGUGAAAAAUUGGUUGAAAGUGAGGAAGAAGAACAAGAGGCAAAAGAAGAAGAGAAAGGAGAAGGCAAAGAAGAAGAAGAAGAAGAAGAAGAAGAAGAAGAAGAAUUGUUGUCGAAGGAUUUGGAAUUAGGGUUUUGUUUAGGGUUACCUGGUAGUUGUAGUAGUAGUAGCAAUAAGAAGAGUGAAGAGGGAUUAAAGGGUGGUGGUUCAAAGAGAGAUCUUGGGGGUUUUGUUGUUGAGAGAGAAAAGAGUGAUUUCGAGUCGUUGGAGCUUUCGAUUGGUGGUAGUAGUAGUCGGCCUUUGCCGUCUCUGAAUGAUUCUGCCCCAUCUUUACAAGUUGAUGUAACUGAUUGUGGGGGUGUUUCGUUUACGCUACCACGAAAGGCUGAUAUCUACACCGAGUUGCAGUAUAAGCGCGCCAAACUCGAGUCUUAUUUGCUAGAAACCAGUUGCUCAAGAGAUGCACCUUCAUGUACUGAUAAUAACUUCGUAGAUGCAAUAAGGAGCUACCAAGCCUCUUCAAAUUCUUCUGUUUAUGCAAUGACAUUGAAUAAGAUUCGAGACCUAAUGCCUUCAAUGGAUGAAUAUGUAAAUAUUGUAAGCUAUAAUAAAGAUGGAGACAUUAUUGAGGGCACUAUUGAUACUUCAGAUAUGGACGGUAUGGGGAUCCCGCUGGAUCUUUCAGAUGAUUUGUUGCAUAUGGUAUUUUCUUUCCUAGGCCAUGCACAUCUCUGCAUUGCUGCAAUGGUUUGCAAGCAGUGGCGAGCUGCCAGUGCCCAUGAAGAUUUUUGGCGUUCAUUGGAUUUUGAAAACAGAAACAUAUCUGUAGCACAAUUGGAAGAUAUUUGUCAUCGGUAUCCAAGGGCUACUGAAGUGAAUCUUUGUGGUAAUCCUGAUAUGCACACACUUGUCAUGAGAGCAGUUUCUUUGUUGAGAAAUCUCGAAGCUUUAACUUUGGGUAAAGGACAACUUGGGGAAUCAUUUUUUCAUGCUCUUUCUGAUUGUCCCUUGCUUAAGAAGUUGAUUGUUUGUGAUGCUGCUCUUGGAAAUGGUGUACAAGAAAUAUCCAUCAAUCAUGACAGGUUGCAACAUCUUCAAGUUACAAAAUGCCGUGUACUGCGUGUAUCAGUGAGGUGCCCCCAGCUUAGUACUUUAUCUUUGAAGCGUAGUAACAUGGCUCAUGUGGUGCUUAACUGCCCUCUUUUGAAUAAUCUGGAUAUCGGCUCUUGCCACAAGCUUCCAGAUGCAGCAAUCCGUUCUGCUGUCACGUCAUGCCCCCUUUUAGAGACUCUGGACAUGAAAUGUUGCUCAUGUGUUAGUGAUGAAUCACUUCGUGAAAUAGCUCAAGCUUGUGCAAAUCUUCGUGAACUUAAUGCUUCAUAUUGUCCCAACAUCUCUCUUGAGGCUGUGAAAAUGCCAUUGCUAACUGUUCUGAAGCUUGAGAGUUGUGAGGGGAUAACUUCUGCGUCAAUGACUGCCAUAGCUUUCAGUAACAUGUUGGAGGUGUUGGGGCUUGACUUUUGCCAUUUAUUGACCUCUGUUUCUUUAGAGCUUCCUCACUUGAGUAACCUAAGUCUGGUGCAUUGUCGCAAAUUUGUAGACUUGAAUCUAAGAUGCCUUAUGCUGUCAUCUCUGAAUUUAUCUAAUUGUCCUGCGCUUCACCGUAUUAGUAUCACUUCAACUGCACUGAAAAAAUUAGCAUUGCAUAAACAAGAAAGCUUGAAUUCUCUGUCAUUGCAUUGCCAAUAUCUUGAAGAAGUGGACCUUUCUGACUGUGAGGCUUUGACAAAUUCAGUGUGUGAUGUCUUCAGUGAUGGAGGUGGAUGCCCAAUGCUGAAAUCCUUGGUUCUUGAUAACUGUGAGAGUCUGACAGCUGUUGGACUGCGUAGUAAGUCUCUUGUCAGCCUUUCACUGGCUGGUUGCCGUGCCAUCACAGCUCUAAAUCUCGAAUGUCCGUGUCUUGAGCAAGUUCGCUUAGAUGGGUGUGAUCAUCUUGAAAUAGCAUCAUUUGUUCCGGUUGGUAUGCAAUCUCUUAAUCUGGGCAUUUGUCCAAAACUGAGUGCUCUUCAUAUUGAAGCACCUCAAAUGGUUGGUCUUGAGUUGAAAGGAUGUGGUGUAUUAUCUGAAGCCUCAAUCAAUUGCCCCCUUUUAACAUCCCUUGACGCAUCCUUUUGCAGCCAGCUCAAAGAUGAUUGCUUAUCUGCAACAACUGCUUCUUGUCCUUUAAUUGAAAAAUUGAUUUUGAUGUCUUGUCCCUCUAUUGGCUCUGAUGGGCUAUCUUCUCUAAGUUGGCUUAAAAAUCUAACUUAUCUUGAUUUGUCCUACACUUUCUUGAUGGAUUUGCAACCAGUUUUCAGCUCCUGCUCAUGGCUUACGGUCUUGAAGCUGCAAGCAUGCAAAUAUCUGGAUGAUUCAUCACUGGAGGCUUUGUAUAAAGAGGGCACGCUGCCUGCAUUACGUGAGCUGGACUUGUCGUAUGGGACACUUUGCCAAUCUGCCAUUGAGGAGCUGCUAGCCCACUGCACACAUUUGACCCAUGUGAGUCUAAAUGGCUGCAAAAAUAUGCAUGAUCUAGAUUGGGGAUUCACAAAGCUCUCAAUCUAUCAGGCUGCUGCCCUGCCAUCAGAUCGACAUACAAACAUGCCCGUUGAGCUGCCUCAUCGCUCACUUGAGAAUCUUAAUUGUGUUGGGUGUCCAAAUAUUAAAAGAGUUCAUAUUCCAUCUAUAGCCCAGUGUAUCCAUCUGUCGUCAUUAAACCUUUCCCUUUCGUUGAAUUUAAAGGAGGUUGAUGUUGCUUGUUCCAAUUUAUGCUUCCUUAAUUUGAGUAACUGUUGCUCCCUGGAAAUUUUGAAGCUGGAUUGUCCAAAAUUGACUAGCUUAUUUCUCCAGUCCUGUAAUAUUGACGAAGAUACUGUGGAAUCUGCAAUAUCUGGAUGUAGCAUUUUGGAAACUCUUGAUGUUCGCUUUUGCCCCAAGUUCUCUUCAGCAGCUGCGAACAAAUUUCGGGCUGUAUAUCCUAGCCUGAAACGUGUCUUCUUCGGAAGUAGGUGACUAAUUAUUUAUGUAUUGAUAGUGAGUGCCCUGCAGCAGGGUCUUGUUGUGUGGUGUGCAAUUAAUAUGGCCAAGGCCCCUGUAUCAUUGUGAUUUGGUUUUAUGUAGCUUUUAUUAGCCAGUUAUCGCCUUGUCCUUGAUGGAUAACAGAAUAAAAUUAUUUAUAGGUUUUCAUCAAAACAUAAAAUUGUCAUUAGGGUUGUAUCCGGGGGGAGUAAAUCUUGUAAUGCAACCGGCUUGAGGUAGUUGUGUAUUGUUGUGAAACAGUUUGUCCUGCCUGUCUUUACAAGGCGUAGCUGUGAUAAAAUCAUCUUGUAAUGUCUUAAUGAAAAUAUAAUAAAUAGAAUAAGUAUUUCUUUCUC